UAUCAAAGCAGAUCUGGACGGCAGGCACGCCAACGUCAAGCAGAGUUAGAGCGAGCUCGGCUGGAGGCCGAGGCACAUGCAGCUGCCAUCUAUAGUGCCACAGCUGGUCGUCGUCGGCGGCGGGAUCGACGUAGAGAACGAAGUGCUGACCCUAAUCUCAGCGAUACAGAUUUUCACACUGGUCCUAUGCAUAUUCCUAAUACAGAGGAGACUUGUACUUAUUUUCCUGCCAUGAAUACGCAAUCAGAAUCAAGCCCACAGCUUAAUUAUAAGCUUCUUAACAUUUCUCCGCACUAG